AUGUCAGUCCCUACAACCCCCGAUAUCAUUCCUCUUUCAACAGAUAAUGAAAGUGGCUUCCUCUACAAUAAAUACAAGGAUACUUUGACAACUUUGCCAAAAGAGAAAGGUUGGUUAUCGGAAAGCAUGUUCUUGUAUCAAGGCUUUUGGGUUGAGGAAGGGUCUGUAAUCUCAGCUGUAGAUGUAAUGGCCUCCCAGGAUAGUUUCCAAGCUCUUCCAACUGAUAUAUACUUGGCCACACUACCAAAAUCUGGAACAACAUGGUUGAAGGCGCUUACAUUCGCGAUAGUAAACCGCACCAGAAGCCCAAAAGAUGUUUUGGUUUCUUUGUUUCAUUUUACAAACAAGGUGAGAGACAAAUCUCUUGGUGUAAUGACAUUCGAGGAGGCGUUUGAGAUGUUUAGAAAAGGUAUGAUGCCAUUCGGACCUUGUUGGGAUCAUUUGAAAGGGUACUACAAGGCUGCUUUGGAACGCCCGUUAGAGAUUCUAUUUCUAACAUACGAGGACAUGCAAAAGGAUACUGUCAAUAAUGUGAAGCGUCUGGCAGAGUUCUUGGGAUAUCCUUUUACUCAGGAGGAAGAGGUUGAGGGUGUCGUGCAUGAAAUUGUCAAGUUAUGCAGUUUUGAAACUUUGAAAGAGGUUAAUAAGCAUGGGAUGGUGAUUGCGGAUUUGCCUAAUGAUGCUUUCUUUAGGAAUGGGAAAGUUGAUGAUUGGACAAACCAUCUCACAAAUGAAAUGAGCCAAAUUUUGGAUGAAAUCACCAAGGAGAAGUUUGAUGGUUUGGAUAUCUCCUUCUAA